UUCUUUCUCCAGUUUUUUCUCCAAAUCGCAUCCCUUCCUUGCAAAUAAAAUCCCCAACGCUACCAGAUUAAGCCCGGCCGGCUGGCACUCCCCUCGAUUCGCCGCUACCUGCGUCGUACGGCAGAUCCAUCACCCUUCCAUCCCACCCGAUGGUGACCACGGCGGCGGCGCCCGACGGAGACGUCGACCAGCGGCAGCAGAUCCUGCCGGCGGAAGCCAGCAAAAAGAAGGGCCGCCGCGGCCGACGCGAGAUGCGCCGGAUCGAGGACACCACCAGCCGCCAGGUCACCUUUUCCAAGCGCCGGAGCGGCCUCCUCAAGAAGGCGUACGAGCUCUCCGUCCUGUGCGACGCCGAGGUCGCGCUCAUCGUCUUCUCCCCGCGCGGCCGCCUCUACCAGUUCGCCUCCGCCACCGACUUGCAGAAUACAAUUGAUCGCUACCUGAACCACACCAAAGGCACACCUACAAAUGAAAAAGUUCAUGAACCAGGUGUAGAGAAGUGGAAAUAUGAGGUUACAACGUUGGGACAGAAGAUAGACGCAAUUGAGGCAUACAGGAGGAAGCUGCUUGGGGAGAGCCUUGGAUCUUGUUCAAUUCAGGAGCUACAGGAACUGGAGUUGCAGUUGGAGAAGAGCCUAAGCAGCAUCAGGCAAAGGAAGCAAAAGAAGCUGAUGGAUCAGAUUUUGGAGUUGAGGGAGAAGUGUUUCUGUAUACGCAGGAGCAGAAACUCUCGAAGGAGAAUGCGAUGCUCCGCGAUCAGUGUAAAGCCCUGCCUCUGCUGGAGCUGAAUGAUAAGGGCCGUGUGGAUGCUGCUGCUGGUGGUGGCGAAGAAGAAGAGGAUGAUGUGCGCAUGGAGGACGUGGAGACGGAGUUGGCCAUCGGAAUCGGAAGGAGACGGCCGAGUAAUACUAGUGUUGGCGACGAUGCAUGAGAGCUAGCGCAUGAUGAUGACUAGCAAUCAAUCAACUGAUCGAUGAUGAUGUAUUUAUAUAUGCAUGUAUGCCCCCGUGCUCUUGGAUUAAGAUAUACAUACGUGUUGAUAAAGAAGAGGACACGGUCUCUGGUCGAUGAAUAACAUAUUUUGCAUGCUGGGGAUGCAUACGUAUUCUGGUUGCA